CACGCGCGCCAAGUCUUCUCAAAUCUCGAAGUGCGCUUUCAUCGCAUUGCUGGCGACGCAGCGACAUCACCCUCUACUAACCCACACAGCACCAUCCUUCCUGGUACGCACACACCGCACACCCGCUCGACCUCGCCUCAUCCGUCGGUUCGAGACUAAUUGUCGCGCACAGUGGCCACCAUGUCGUCCGAGGCUCCCCAGACCAAGAAGUUCCAGAAGGGCGAGCGGACCAUCACACCCGCCAGCCAGAAGGCCAGCAAAUACUACCCGGCCGAGGACGAGGCUCAGGCCAAGAAGACCCGCAAGGCUCUUCGCCCAUACAAGCCUCGCGCAUCGCUCCAGCCUGGUACCGUCCUCAUCCUCCUCGCUGGCCGCUUCCGAGGCAAGCGUGUGGUCCUCCUGAAGACCCUCCCACAGGGUGUCCUCCUCGUUACUGGCCCAUUCAAGCUCAACGGUGUUCCUCUCCGCCGCGUCAAUGCCCGCUACGUGAUCGCCACCAAGACCACUGUGCCUCUCGACGGCGUUGACUCCCAGACUGUGGAGAAGGCUGGCGGCGAGAACUACUUUGCACGCGACAAGAAGGCCGACAAGAAGGGCAGCCAGGAGGCUUUCUUCGCACAGGGUGAGAAGCCAGCCAAGAAGGAGGUGAACAGCGACCGUGCCGAGGACCAGAAGAAGGUGGACAAGGCAAUUUUGGCCGCCGUGAAGAAGGAGCCUCUGCUCGCUGGCUACCUUUCGACCAACUUCAGCUUGAGGAAGGGUGACCGGCCGCACGAGAUGGUCUUCUAGAUGCGUUAUCAGUCCAGCGGGAAGAUGAGAACUCAUGGCGAGAGCGGUCAUUGGCGUUGUCUGCGGUAGUGCUUUGAGCAUUUAUGCGAGGCUAGAACUACGGAUGGCCCGUCAAUAUGCUGAUUGAAUGAUAACCUCGUCAAGUUUGCAGAGACAGGCCAAUUCAAUGAAACUUUAUGAGCAACCCAGAUCAUACCCCCGAGACAUGCAAUUCGAGUGGCAGCAUCAGCGCUUCGCCUUUGAUCGCAGAAUACGACCGAUGGCCGCAAGAUAAUCGAAUCGAAGCUUCUUCACUCCCGUCGAACUACGCGGAACAUCACUUACCAGCCUACAUUCUCCCCAAUAUACGAAUGCAGAAGCCGUGCAAAUUGCCGCGAUAUACCUGCAACGGGCAGAUCGCAACAUCAGCAUCGAACGGUUUCCCUCAUGCCGGAGGACUAUACAAUUGACUAUGAGGACCUCCGCUCGUGAAGUCUCCGUCAUAACCCCGA